CUUUCUUCCGGUCGGUUUAAAAAUCAUAAAAUCUCUUCGAUCUGAAAAAAUGUUGAAAGAAAUUAAAAUUUUUACAUGACAUUUGUGACAUGCACAAAAAAAAUGCAGAACAAAAUUUGAUUUUCAAUAAAAUUAAUGGAAAUAAAAGUGGUGAAGUGGUGUAUGAGAUAUAACAGUAAAGAGGAUACAAUAGUUACACCAUAAAUCAUCAGAUUAAUUAACUACCUUUGCGUGCUAUCGAAAAUCAAUAAGAAGCAUAAAGACUUUGAAGGAUAAACCAUAAUAAAUUUUUUGAAAGAUAAUUCUUAAUACUCGAUGUGAGGAUAUGGUAAAAAGGAGCAGUGUGUAAAUUGUGAAGAGGAUGAAAUUGGAAGGAUAAAGAGAAAAAGUUUUUCCAGCACAGAGAAGAAAGUUUAAGAAGGAAAAAAAUUUGUGUGUGAUAUAAAUAAAAAAAUAACAUCCUAAAACUAAGCAUAGAAAAAUAACAACAACUAUCCCAAAGAAUUUUUUAUAAAGGAAAAGCUUUAUGCGACAAAGAAAAAAAAAAUAAUAGGAAGUAAGAAAGUUUGAAGCACAAGAAAAAAAAGUUAUGAAAGAAAAGGAAGAUUUAAUUCAAGCAAAAAAAAUAAGCAAGAGAGAAAAAGUUUGUUAAAGAAGACAAGACAGGACAAGAUUGUGCUUUGUAUGAAGAGAGGAAAAAUAAUAUAAAAAGGGAUAAUUCAAGUCCGAGAAGCAACAAAAAAAAAGUGGAAAGGCAAAGACGAAACUUUACUUUUUAUCAUUUCAUGUUUUGUGAUUGUGAUUAUCUGUGUUGAUACAGCAACCGUUGGCUUCUAUAUGUGCUUUGUGCUACUCCAGGUUGAUAAUACUGUAGAUCUAUUCAGAUUUUUUUCCACUCGGAUUAUUUACCGAAAAUCCUCUCUAGGGAUUUAAUUCAAUUCUCUUGCACACCAGAAAAAUCUCCAUCUUUAAUAAUAAGAAGUAAACUUUAACUAGAUUAUAAGCAGAUAUUAAAAAAUAUGAAGCAGAAGCAAACAAUGAGGAAUAUUAUUAAAUGGAUAUUAGUUUUUCUAAAUACCUUUGUAGUUAAAGAACUAGGAGCUAUACCAACAUAUCAAGAUAAUCAUCUAGAGGAUGAUAGAUUCUCACCAGGAUUUUUAACAAUAGGACAAAAGUACAGCUAUGCCAUUGGAUCUACAGUAAUUUUGCCAUGCAAAAUUAACGAUACUGACAGAAACAUUCAGUAUGUGUUAGCAUGGAAAAGAGGAAAUGCAGUCCUGACAGCAGGUUCCGUAAAAGUGACAAUGAAUCCCCGAAUUCGUCUAAUUCCCGUCCAUGAACUACCUGAAAUAUCAUCGACAUCGAUGACAUCACAUAAAUCACCAACGGGAUACAAUUUAGAGUUACGUGAUGUACGUGUCACAGAUGCUGGCGAUUAUGCAUGUCAGAUUGGUACGUUAGAGCCACAAGAAAUCAUACAUAAAUUGGAAGUUUUAGUGCCACCAAAAAUCGAUUUUAUAUCUCCAAGCGGCGGCAGAUUAGAUGUUGCAAAAGGAUCACCAAUUCGUUUGGAAUGUCGAGGAUCUGGCAAUCCCACGCCGAAAAUUUAUUGGUCGAGAAAGAACAAUGUGAUGCCUAAUGGUGAAGCAAAUGUGACGGGAAAUACUUUUGAAAUUCCACACGCAGAUCGUCAUUCAGCCGGACAUUAUAGAUGUAGUGCCGACAAUCGUGUGGGUGCUGCUGAUAUGAGAGAAAUUUUCGUGAAUGUUUUAUUUGCGCCUGAAAUUGAAGUUGACAGAGCAUUCAUACAUACAGGAGUUGGAUAUGAAGCACAACUGACAUGCUUAGUUCACUCAGAACCGCCAAGUAACGUCAUCUGGUAUAAAGACACGACACAAUUGGGAACUACUGAACAACAUUCACAACAGACACGCGGCAACAAGCAUUCAUUAAUAAUACGAAAUGUUACGUAUAUGGAUCUUGGCAACUACACAUGUCAGGCAUCAAACAACUUGGGAAAGGAUAGAAGUUCUCUGACAUUGAGUGGUAUACCAACUGUUUGCUAUUUUGAUUCGAAAACAAUCAGCGAUUAUCGAGAUCGAUACAACAUUUCAUGGAGUGUACAAAGCUUCUCACCAAUACGUGAAUAUCGUCUAUUUUAUCGUAAGCAAACGCCAAAAUCAUACAUGAUGACACAUCAGAUUCAGCAGCAUCUUGAUAAGUCAUUUGAGAAUACUGUGAGUGGAAACAGUGGAAGUAGUUCACAUCAUUAUGUUCCACCCUAUUCGACUGGCUUAUCUGAUCAAUGGGAGAAUGUUGUCAUACCAGAAAAUUUCCCUGAGUACUAUCCAUCGUCAGCAUCAUCGUUCAAUCUCAAUGAUUAUCGCUAUAAUAAUCAUAUGGUGAAUACUCAUCAUCACAUGAGUUACUUAAUUAAAAAUCUUUCACCAAAUACCAAUUAUGAGGCACGUGUACAAGCGCGUAAUGACCAUGGAUGGAACAAAUUAUCUAAUGUUUUUCAUUUCUCGACGCGAUCAGAGGACAUGGAACUUGAAGCAUCGCACACACCGACAGUACUUCGUAGUGCCGGCCUAUUGGAUAAGGGCUGGUUGAGUAGUGGUAGUGAGUCAUCAACGAAUAAAUUAAUCAAUAUUUGCUCCGCAUUGCUGUGUAUUUUGUUAGCUUCAUUUCUUCAGCACACAACAAAUUAAUUAAUUAAUUAAUUUAGCAACUUAUUUUUUCUGUGAAUGUGAACAAAAAAAAAAAUUAAAUGAUAAAAAAACUGCAUACAUGGAGUAAAAGCAACAUAAGUGUAUGUUUAAUGCCCAAGAGAUUGUUUAUAAUAACGAGAAAUAUUUAAUAAAAUUAAAAACAAACUUAAUUGAGAGGAGAGAAAAUUUAAUAAACACAAAAAGAAAAAAUUAUAGUGAAAAGUAAUUAACGUGCAAAAUUGGCCUGAAGUGUACCAUUUCUGAAAAAUUUAUUAAAAAGUAAUGAAGAAAGAGAUGAAAAAUUAAUUAUAUAUAUUGAGAGUAAAUUAUUAUGAUUAUUAUUACUGUGAAGAUUAAUAAUUAACUAAAUAGUAAUUAAGUGACAACGCAUGAAAUGAUAAAUAAGUCUGAUGGUGAUGCAAAUUGUUCUUAGUGCAGAUUUUAAUGUAAGCAAAUUAAAGUGCUGCUGCUGUUCACAUCUUUGGGGGGUUUCUUGUUGUUUGCUUAUUGCGUCGCAUAGAUUAGAGUUUUUUUGACACCUCUUGUCCACUUUGAUGCAUUAAAAUUGAUUUAUAACUUCAUCUUGGAUUCAAGAAGGGGGUGGAAGGUCAGAAGAUGUACGACAAUUUUUUUUUAAAAAAAUUUCAAAAAUAGUUUCAACAUUUAAAAAAAAUAUAUUUCAACAUUUAUAAAGUUGAGGUCAAAAAACUAGAUUUGUAUGUUAAGUAAAACUUGAUCGACUCGUAAGUUGCAGUAGAGAAGCGAUCAAAGUUGCUACCCUAAAGGUUUAAAGUAAAAAUUGUCCUUUACGAUACGCCAGAGUUUUAAUUUAAUUCCAUGCUUCAAAAACUCUUGCUACAUCACUGCUGAGUUGUUGACAGGAAUCAACACGAACAAGAUUGCAACAAUAUUCAUUGUGAACCUCGGUCGACACUCUUUUACAGUUUGCACUAGAUUUGAAUGUGUCAAUAGAUUUGAUAAUAUCGCAUUAUGGUCACUUUGGAUCGGCAUCAGAUAUCUUCUAUGAUUCAUAUAUACACAAAAAAAUCACUCACAAAAAAUAUUUAAGAAGUUUCCACACAAAACUGAAAAAAUUUGCAAAAAAAAUUGUUUUUCAUAUAAAAAAAAUGGAGUAAAAAAUUCGUGUAAAUAUUCAUAGAUGAAAAAUUUUCAUGUACGCCAUUUGCAUUAAAUUAAAUUAAUUUGUUUUACAUGAAAGAGUGAACGAUGAACGAAAUGAGGAAGGCAAGAUGAUUAAAAUGAACAAAAAAAUUGAUAGAAGAAGAAUUUUAAAACCUUGUAAAUAAUUUCUUUAUUUUUGUAUGGGACCACGUGAUUUUUCUAUCCAAAAAAAAUAAUGGAAGUUGAAAGAAACAUAAAUUUUUUUCCCUUUCUUUCUCAAUCUGUAGCCAUUCCAAAAAAAAUGAUAUUAAAAAGCUUUUCAUUUAUCCAUAACAUUAUUUUCUUAUGUUGAAAU